AUGCUCGCAGCAGGAAAGAAAGUUUUUCUGCUGGUGAUUUUAGCCCAGACUUCGUUGUCGUUUCGACCCAACCGGUUCAGCGCCUUUUACCCGUUGGACUACACCCAUGAAGAUAUCACCAAAACGGCCGCGCUGAAAGUCGUGGCGAGGUUUCUGGAAGAAAACCCAGAAGACGGUCGCACGGUCUCACCUGGUCAGCUGCAGAACCUGGACCCGCUCACACCGUCAAGUAUCUUCAGUCGUUACUACGGAGGUGAGUCGUCAGUCUUCUGCUAUAUACGUGGUACGAAUUACAAACCAAAUGCAACCCUCUAUACGUACGUAGGCCCAGUGUCAGCCAAAAACUUCGACGAAGCAGUCGGCGACAUCACCAAGGCCAAUGCAGACAUUGACAGGCACGACCUAUGGACGUCCAGCGUACAUUUCAACGCCGAACAGUUUCAGACAGCACUCACGAGGCUGCGCAAUCUGCGAACGAUCGUCAUCGAGACUCUCCAGAAAGCUGACCUGACUGACCUGGACGUCUCCGCGGCGCGCAUCAACACCGGGUCCUACCUGCACACCCUGCAGGACUUCUACAGCAACACCAACUGGGUGGAGAACAACGGCGCCGCUGUCUACGAGGAUCUGGGUAUGCCAGACAGUCCGAAUCCAGCCGUGGCGUCUCCAGGGAUAAACACUUGCAGUUCGACUGAUUGUCCGCCAGGGGGCCCUUCAGGAGGGCCACUAACAACCUGCGAAAACAACCUCAUCUCGCCAGAGGGCGUGUUAACUAGCGGAUACCGGAGUGGGCAAGAUGUUGACAAACCAGCAGCGACGCAUGAGUGGUUUGGCAAGUGUAGCCAUGGGGGGACCCAUGAUGCUACACGCGAGGCUACUGCAACGGGCGGCAUCAACAAGGAGUCCCUGGACCCAGCUGAAUCUCCGCAUCACUUCCUGCACAACACCGCGGCACAGGCAGCCAUGGACGCCACGGAACACUUUCUCUAUGCGGCUGGGUCCGGCCUGAAGGACCAGGUAGGAGCUGACGUCUUCCGUCGCUUCUUCAACCUCGCCUCGGGAACCUCCCUCUGCAUCGUCAUGGACGAUACCGGCAGUAUGAGUGACGACAUCGCGGCUGCGAAAGCCGUGUCGAUAGAAAUCAUCCAGGGAGCGGCUGCUAAUCCCUUCGACAAACCGUACAACUAUGUCCUGGUUCCCUUCAACGACCCAAUGAGCGACGCAGGACCAAUGACGAUCACCAGGGAUUCCGCCGUGUACAUCGACGCCAUCAACGCGCUGAACGCACAUGGCGGAGGCGACUGUCCAGAACUCUCCAUGACUGGACUGGAACUCGCCCUGCAAAACACGCUACCGAAGUCGAAGAUAUAUCUCUUCACUGAUGCUGACCCUAAGGACAGCGAUAAGCUGCAAGACGUGAUUUCUCUACUUCAACAGAAAAAGAGCAAGAUCACAUUCCUUCUCACCGGGAGUUGUUCCCGGAAACGGCGUGAUCUGAACGGUAGGUCCAAACGAGCAGUGAGCGGUAAUCCGUAUGACGUCAUCGCGGAGGAAUCCGGUGGAAAGGUUUUCGACAUAACCAAAGAUGAAGUAGCUGAGGUCUCCGAGGUCAUCGCCCUUGAGGUCAACGGUGCUCCUGUCACGGUCAUGACCAAGAGCGUGCCCGAGUCCGGACCACGUGACCAGGAGAUUCCUGUGGACGAGGCACUGCUGGAAAUGGUGCUGACCCUGACCGGGUCGGCUACAGCACCGGUGUUCCAGUUGUACACACCAACGGGUGCAAUCCAGUCGUUUGGUUCAGCCGACGCCCAGGUGGUGAUCGAGACUGACCAAUACAAGGUGCUCAAGGUGACCGAUCCUGCAGCCGGAAUGUGGAGGCUCCACCUAGCGGACGGCCAAGGGUACGACAUCGAAGUGACGGGAAAGAGUGUGCUGGACUUCUCAACAGAGUUCCUAGACACUGGUAGUGGGUUCCCCAUCGAUGGAAGACCUAUUGGAGGUUCAGAAUACAGACUGGUUGUAAGCGGAAGCGGUUUGGAGAAUGCGGGGAACGUGACGUCAGCAGAUCUUCUGGACCAAUCCGGGACGCUUCUCAGUCGGAUCUAUCUACAGACCAGUAGCGGCCGGGGAGAACCGGUUUACACAGCAACCAUCGUACCUCCUGCCCAGCCCUUCAGGAUCUCUGUGGAAGGUAUCGACCAACGAAACAACACCUUCAGGCGGCUUCUGACGACGCUCAUAGAGUCUGAGAGUUUGAGGCUGGAGCUUGCUGUAGAGAACAGAGAACCUCUUUACCCCGGUGGAAGCAGCCGGGUUGGAUUUGUGCUUGUUAACGGGGGUUCAGAUGACACAUUCCAGCUGACGGUAUCAGACGAUGUCGGCUUGGUAACCGGGGUAACCCCAUCAUCCGUCACCAUAGCAACAGGGACGAACGUCACAGGUUACGUCACCUUUUCUGCCGCAACGACAGUCUCCCCCGGAACUUCCAGUACCACUAUUCUGACUGCGCGGAGUUCUCUUGGAUCCUCCACUGCCCCUUCCAACUUCAUCACCAUACGAACAAUAGUUUCUGAACGCAUCAUUUUGGUAAUUGACACGUCACCGCCGGUAUGCAAUAUUACGUCAGUUGUUGGGAAUUGCACGGCUGUGCGGCAGCGUCCUGACGUGUGUGCUGAUUGGUCCUGGUCGGUACAGAUGAUGAUGAUUGACAGCGGACUGGGACUGAGUAGAGUGUACGGUGAGGUCAGUACAGGGGAGGUUUUGACGACUGAUGACUUCACCCCAGGAUUGCAAGAUGUAGCAAUAAGGGCAAACUACAGCUCAACUUGCUGCCAUCCCAAGAUGACCGUGACCGUGGUUGACCUUGCCGGGUACGUGGACCAGUGUGUCCUGGAUUUCUCCAUACCAACUACCGAGGCCCCGCCAACAACGACACGGUCUCCAGACACUGUGACACCGGAAAUAUCUGUCGCAUCAGGAACAGUAGCGAUGAAUAUCGGUAUGGCAGUCAGCGAGUUUACAGAAGAGGUGGAGACGGAAUUCAAGGCCACCGUAGCCAGCAGCAUGACGUCAUACUGUCAGAGACACGUCAUGGAGUUCUUGUCAUGUCGUCAAACCGAACACCGCGCCAAACGAUCAACACACGAUUCACAGACGUUUGACUCAGACAACGUCGUCAUCUUGGAAGGGUUCCCCAAAUCGUCUAUGUCACCAGACCGAAUCACCCUCGCGUUCUUCGUCUCCAACCCAAAUUCCUCCGCGGAGAAGCCUGUGCCAGUUCCGGGUAGCCUGCUCCUGAUGGUGAUACAGCACAGCCAGAUGAGGGUACAGGAGGCGCUGGGAUGGAAGACGAUCUACAACAUGUAUCUAUACGGGACUGAAGUACCUACAUUGAUACCUAUCGAUGUGACAGAUGGGACAGACGAACAGACAGACUACCCAGUCACCGGCAGCUCAUCCCACGUGCUGUACAUCGUGAUCGGGGUGGUCGUUUCCGUGGUUACCAUAGCUGUAGUCAUCGUACUGAUAACAAGUUGGUUGAAGAAACCAAACGUGACCAAGCCGACCUAUGAAGCCGACCAGAACAUCAACCUGGACCCACCGAUGGCUGGUCACGUGAACAGGGCGAUGAAAUCCGCGGACGAGCAAAUGAAGAUGGAAGAAGAGCCCCUUGAAGGAGAAUUUCCAAUGACAGGGCUUAACAGCCCAACGUACUGGUAAAGAAGGGUUGCAUUAACAUAGCUAGAGUUUCACGACCCUAUACCUUCGCCAAAUGAUUCUGCCCUUUUUACAAUUUCUGUAUUAAUUCUUUUUGUCAUCAAUUAUGCAAAUAAGGUCCUCAUUUGCAUAAGUUACAUCAAUUGAUCAUCUCCUUCACGAAACUACAGAGGUAGACGUACAAAGUCUAUAUUAAGAAAGAAUGCUUUAAUUGCAUUUUCUGACAAUUUAUGCAAUGAUAAAAUCAUUUGCAUAAUUGAUAUUCAACGAUGUUCACCUAUACAUAACUUCCAAAUGCUACAAGUAUGAAGUUCCCGUCAUCUACAUUAUAGCAUUUCCUCAUUUAUUAUGCAAAUUACGUCUUAAUUUUGCAUGAUAUGUAUCUUCUACAUACAAACAUACAUACAUACAAACGCUGCCCAAAACAUAAACUUCUUGGCGAAGGUAACUAAAGUAAGGAUCUAGUAAUGUCCACGCAAACUGUGCUCUUACCAUGCGUAAGAAAACGUAGUCUCCACAUAAUAUUGAUUUAUCGUGUUGAUAAUGGAUGAGAUAUUCUUUGUGGAUCUUGUAAAGCCCGUGGUUCAAUUACAGACGUAUAUCCUACAUUGUACACUUUAAGACUUGAAUGAACAAUAAAAAGUAAUUAUGAAAAGCAACUCAUAACACAAAUGGUAUGUAACGUAGAGGUACCAGAUAUCGUGCUGUACUAAUUGUUGUACACUUUUGUAUAUUCUGCAAACGCUUGUUCUCAUGAACAAUAAAUACCCUUAAGUAUGA